UAACGCGGAAGUAUCGCGAGAUGUGCCACUAGGCUACGCUACCUUCGUGUGACUAUCAUGUAACUGACAGCUAAGCCCGCCAGCACUUUCUCAACGCUGUUAGUGAAUAGCCGCUGCUACGCUGACGGGCGGACGGCAAGAAGCCACAGAAGGGGUCAGCAGUGGCGGAGGAGUGACAGUGUGGAGUUAGUCCUGUAGAUUUACUUCUAUUGACAGUGUCAACGCUUCCUAACACACACAAGAAGGGACGGGAAGGGGAAAAAUAGGGAAAGAUGGCGGCCGCGGCCUCGCCGGGCUCCGGCUCGUCCACCCCCUCGGACUGGAUUGUACUGAGAGACGGCUGCCUGCGUUGCGACGAGGAGGGCCUGCGAAGCCUUUCCUAUCACCCGACCCUCAAUGCGAUCCUCGCCGUCACAAGUAAAGGGGGCAUCAAAGUCAUUGACGGCACUUCUGGGGCCAUUCUCCAGGCUUCCACGCCUCACGUUAAACCGGGUGGCCGUGUCCGGUGUCAGUACUUUCCAGCUGUGGAUAAGGUGCUUUUUGUUGACGACUAUGCAGUGGGAUGCAGGAAGGACCUAAAUGGCAUCCUGCUGUUGGACACAGCCCUCCAACCUCCAGUUGCCAAACCUGAGGAUCUGGUUCAGAUGGAGCUUCCUGUCACUGAGGCCCAGCAGCUGCUGUCAGCCUGUCAGGAAAAGAUCGAUGUUUCUAACACAAAGGGCUACGAACUCUUCAUUGUACAGCUUAAAGAAGGCCUGAAGAAUACCUCACAUGAGACAGCAGCCAAUCACAAAGUGGCCAAGUGGGCAACGGUAACCUUCCAGCUUCCCCACCAUGUGCUGAAGUUGGUUGCCAGUGCCAUUGUCAGUGAGCUGAAGAAGAUCAACCAGAACAUUGCUGCCUUGUCUGUGGCCUCAUCCAUCAUGGACAGACUCUCCUACCUCUUGUCAAGCGCCCGACCUGAGCUUGGGGUGGGCCCUGGGCGCUCUGUAGACAGAUCUUUAAUGUACAGCGAGGCCAACAGGAGGGAGACGUUUACAUCAUGGCCACAUGCUGGGUACCGGUGGGCUCAGCCCGAUCCAAUGGCUCAGGCCGGGUUUUACCACCAGCCUGCCUCAACAGGGGAUGACCGAGCCAUGUGUUUCACCUGCAGUGUGUGUCUGGUAUGUUGGGAACCUACAGAUGAGCCGUGGUCUGAACACGAGCGACAUUCCCCCAAUUGUCCAUUUGUAAAGGGUGAGCACACACAAAAUGUUCCCUUGUCAGUCACACUGGCAACCAGUCCAGCCCAGUUUCCCAACAGCCCCGACUUUUCGGACAAAAUUGCCUGCUACGGCUUUGGCAGCUGCCCACAGUUCCUGGCUGUUGCCACAAAGAGGGGCAAGAUCUGUAUUUGGGAUGUCUCGAAAAUGAUGAAGGUACACCUGAAGUUUGAUAUUAACCCGUAUGACCCAGCCAUCCUGAAGCAGCUGAUCCUGUGUGGGGGUGAACACAGCCAGCAGACACUGACAGAGUCUCGGACACAGAGUUUGGCCUGGAUUGAGGAAUCUUCCUCCUGCUCGGACCUGCCCAAGCUGGAGGGAGACAGUGAUGACCAGCUGGAGGACUCCGACAGUGAUGAACAUUCCCGGUCUGAGUCAGUAACUGGCCAACCGUCCCAGUGGGACAGCAUGGAUGUGAGCCUCGGCGUAACAGCGCUCAGUGUACUCCAGCAGCCAGAGGCGCUCCAGUGGGCGGUGGUGGCCAGUGUGCUCAAGGACACCGUCAAAGACUUGGAAGAACUGGGUGCCAAGCCCUCACUGAAUCAAGCCAAGGCCCACCACCAGGCCAAAGCAAAGGACAAGGUCCCCGAGCACCACAACAUUCCUUUUCCCUGCUUGCUGGCUGGAGGGCUGCUUAGUUACCGUGCGACAUCUGGCCAUUCCACGAGUGGACCCCAUCCCGCAGUCCCAUCUUCAACUCGCAGGGUGUCAGAUAGUCCCUGUAGAACUCAGGGCCCUCAGCCCUUCCAACCUGGGCCUCUUCAGGACCAAGGUCCAAUGGAAAUAGACACUUGUCCUUCACAGACUGCUGCUCAGGAGCAGGGCUUCUCUAACUUGGUAGGUUCUCAACCUCCAAGUUCCUCUUCUGUGUCAUCUGUGCACAGGACGAUACCUGUGCUGUUGCUAUACAGUAUCAGAGAGACGGACGACAAGUCGUCAGGGCAGGUGUUUGCUCAGAUGAACAACCAGAUGAGCAAGGGCCUCCACGAUGAGGGCUUCACUGUGCCACAGAUCAUAGAGAUGGAAUUUGACUCACACGAGCAGCUUCUUCUCCAGGAUCCCCCAAUCACAUACAUUCAGCAGUUUGCCGAUGCAGCAACUAAUCUGGCGGGUUGUGACGGUCUGAUGGACAAAUGGAGCACGUUGGCUGCGGCGACGACUUCCUCUUCCCCGCCUCGCCCCGGAGCGCUGGUGCAGUGCUUCAGGUUGCCCAAACAACUGGAAGAGGAGAAUCUUUGCGUCGACUCCAUUACGCCGUGCUUGGACGGCGUCCACCUUCUCGUUGUGCUGCAGCCGUGCAACACAAUCUCUCUCAGCGCGACAAACCAAGUUGAAGCUCUGAACAAUCUGAACCGCCUGCACUCUGCCCACUGCAGCCAGCAGAAAGGCGACCCCCGACAUUCAGUAGCCAAUGGCGUGGAAGGCAACCACCAAGAGAGUACAGCACCUCAGUCAACCCUCAUCCUGCCUUCAGAGGACCAGCAGGAGACGUGCCCCAUUGGAGGAGGCUAUCUUCUUCUCUAUGAACUCAACUACUCUAGCCGUAUUGUGACCUUGUAUGAGGAACCUGUCAAAGUGCAGCAAAUAUGUCAGCCUUGCGAUGCAAUUACCUCCCUAGUAUUGCUUCCUCCAGAUUUGCUUGAUAGCCGGGAAGAUGAUAGUGAGGAGACUCCCGAGGAGCCUUCCUCAGGUUCGAAAAAUGGCACAUUGCAGUGUGGAAUUGGCGUGGCAGGCUCUGCGAGUUCUCUAGCACGUACCACAGGUGGUGCAGCCACCAGCAGCAGCAGCGCCGCUGCCACCAGUCCCUCCACUGUCGGCUCAGACCAGAAAGAGUCCAAGAUACAAGAGGUUGGCCACCUGGUGGUGACCACACAGGCUGGGAAUAUUAUGAUCCUGGACCUGUCCACUUUGGAGGUUCUAACCAAGGUGGAGCCACCUAAAGUAGAAGGAUCGACGGAAGAGAUGGACCCCUUUGUUUCUGUUACUUAUUGCUCUGGGACUGACCGCCUUUGUGCCUGCACUAGAGGUGGAGAACUUCAUUUCCUUCAAAUUGGAGGUGUUUGUGAUGACAUAGAUGACAGCGACAUGUUCAUUGAUGGCCCCAUUUCUAAAGGGGCUGAACUGUUGCUGGAGGGGGCCAGACCGUCCUCCAAUCCUUCUAGCCCUGGGAUCACAGGAAUAGACCUCCUGGUGGACCAACCGCUGACCACAGAAAGCCUAACGUCUCUGGUGGAGUUGACACGCUUUGAAACGUUGACGCCCCGCUUCUCGGCCACGGUGCCGCCAUGCUGGGUUGAGGUGCAGCAGGAGCAGCAGCAGCGACGCCACCCGCAGCACCUUCACCAGCAGCACCACGGAGAUGCAGCCCAGCACACUCGCACUUGGAAGCUUCAGAGCGAUAGUUCCAGCUGGGACGAGCAUGUCUUUGAACUGGUGCUGCCCAAGGCCUGCAUGGUGGGCCAUGUGGACUUCAAGUUUGUCCUCAAUGCCAACACUGUCAACAUUCCUCAAAUCCAGAUCACUUUAUUGAAGAAUAAAGCGCCUGGCCUGGGCAAAGUUAAUGAGGCAGCAGUUGACAGACAGAUCACAUUCCCCCUCUCCAAUGUCCUCCAUGCCAACGGGGAGAAGAAUGGUCGGCCUUCAAUGCAUGACUUUGCUGAGGACAUCCAGUUUAUGGACACUGAGGAAGCAUCAGGCUCCUUCUUGUGUCCAUUUUUGGAAGACCACAAGGAGGACAUCUUAUGUGGACCAGUGUGGCUUGCCAGCGGGCUGGACCUCUCCGGUCAUCGAGGCAUGCUGAGCCUCACCAGCCCCAAGUUGGUCAAAGGAAUGGUGGGUGGAAAGUACCGCUCCUUCCUGGUUCACAUCAAGGCAGUGAGUGACAAAAACAUGGAAGACAGCCCCAGACCCAUGGUGAGAAUGCCCAGUGCCAAGCCCCAGUGCUCCAAAUCUCACUCACUGUCCACUCUGCUGCAGCGGGCUCAGGCCUCCAAGGACAAGGUGUCUGCCACUAAGCCAGAAACCCAAGCAUCAUCCAAGAAAGUCGAACAUCUACAAGGCUGCGACCUUCUGCAGGAAGUAUCCAUCACCAUCAGAAAGUUUAAAAAGACAUCGGUUCCAAAGGAGAGGGUGCAGCGUUGUGCAAUGCUGCAGUUCCCAGACUUCCACGAGAAGCUGCUGGAUGCAUUGUGUCAGCGGAUAGAGGGUGGCCUCUCCCCAGAACACGCUCAAAGCCUCAUCCUUGACAUCCUGUGCUGGCUGGCUGGUGUUUUUGCCAACGGCCCUUGCAGCUUACAUGAAGGGAAGGAAGGGCUGCUGGUGAAAACCAGGGUGAGGCUGAUGGAUAUUGUCUCCGUGUGUUUCUUCGAGGCCGGCCGGAGCGUAGCUCACAAGUGCGCUCGCUUUUUUGCACUUUGCAUCAGCAAUGGAAAAGGAGAUCCGAGUCAACAGGGUUUUGGCACGAGCCUGCUGAAGGCUCUGCUGGACAACAUGCAGCGCUUACCUGCUGCAGCAACAGGCGGCUCGGUGUUCUGGUACUUUGUGUUGCUGAACUAUGUCAAGGAAGAGGACCUGGCAGGCUGCAGCACCGCCUGCGCUUCCUUACUCACAGCCAUCUCCAGACAGCUGCAAGAUCGACUCACACCAAUGGAGGCACUGCUGCAGACCAGGUACGGACUGUACAGCUCCCCUUUUGAUCCGGUGCUCUUUGACCUGGAGAUCAGCGGUUCCUCCUGUAAGAACGCCUUCAACAGCAGCAUGGGCGUCCAGUCAGAUGAGAUUGACCUGUCUGACAUUCUCUCAGGGAACGGAAAAGUAAGCAGCUGUGCAGCAGCAGAGGGAAGCUUCACAGCAUUAACGGGGCUCCUCGAGGUGGAGCCUUUGCACUUUACUUGCAUCUCUACUAGUGAUGGCACACGAGUGGAGCGAGACGACGCCAGCAUGUUCACUGUGAGUACUUUUGGUGUAACCCCUGCGGUCGGCGCCCUGUCGACGGGAACGGUCGGCGAAGCUUCGACAGCUCUUAGUUCUGCGGCCCAGGUGGCGCUGCAGUCUCUGUCCCACGCCAUGGUGUCUGCAGAACAGCAGUUACAGGUCCUACAGGAGAAGCAGCAGCAGCUGCUCAAGCUGCAGCAACAGAAGGCCAAGCUGGAAGCCAAGCUGCAUCAGACCACAUCUGCAGCUACUGCUGCCACCUCUGGUGUGGGACCCAUCCACAACUCAGUGCCUUCCAACCCGUCCUCUGCUCCGGGUUUCUUCAUUCAUCCUUCCGAUGGCAUCCCUCCAACGCCUAAAACCACGCCGCUCUUCAUGACCCCGCCUCUUACACCGCCAAAUGAAGCCGUAUCUGCAGCCUUCAGUGCUGAGCUGGCGCACCUCUUCCCUGGCUCCAUGAUGGACCCUGGACCUGUCAACCUGGCAGCGCAUAAAAACUCCCAGAAAGUCAAACCGAACCCAAUGGGCAGCGGGUUGGCUUUAGCCAUUUCUCAGGCAUCUCACUUCUUGCAGCCUCCUCCACAUCAGUCUAUCAUCAUAGAGCGGAUGCACUCUGGAGCUCGGCGCUUUGUGACGCUGGACUUUGGCCGACCCGUCCUGCUGACAGAUGCGCUGAUCCCGACCUGUAGCGACCUGGCCUCUCUGUCCAUAGACAUUUGGACACUGGACGAGGAGGUGGACGGACGCAGGCUGGUGGUGGCCACCGACAUCAGCACCCACUCCCUCAUCCUGCACGACCUGCUGCCUCCUCCCACAUGCCGCUUCAUGAAGAUCACUGUGAUUGGGCGCUACGGCAGUACCAAUGCUCGGGCAAAGAUUCCAUUGGGCUUUUACUACGGCCACACCUAUAUUCUACCCUGGGAGAAUGAGCUUAAAGUGAUCCACGAUCUCAUACGGGGGGAGAACGAUUCUGCUCGUCAGCCCGACGUGGAUCAGCACUUGACCAUGAUGAUUGCACUGCAAGAAGACAUCCAGUGCAGGUACAAUCUGGCUUGUCAUCGGCUGGAGACCCUCCUGCAGAAUAUUGACCUGCCGCCCCUCAAUAGCGCCAACAACGCCCAGUACUUCUUACGCAAACCAGACAAGGUGGUGGAGGAGGACCAACGUGUCUUUUCAGCCUACCAAGAUUGCACCCAGCUUCAGCUGCAACUCAACCUGGCUCACCACGCCGUCCAGCGACUGCGCGUGUCACUCGGCGCCAGUCGAAAGUCUUUCCCCACCCCCAGGUCUCAGGAAGCUCCAGACCUGGUCCACAACUCCUCCACAGAGCAGCUAAGAACCAUCAUCCGCUACCUUCUGGACACACUGCUCAGCCUGCUGCACUCAAACAACGGCCACUCGGUGCCAGCAGUGCUCCAGAACACCUUCCAUGCGCAGGCUUGUGAGGAACUCUUCAAACACCUUUGCCUCAGUGGGACACCAAAAAUCCGUCUUCAUGCCGGCCUGCUCUUGGUGCAGCUGUGCGGAGGCGAACGCUGGUGGGGACAGUUCCUGUCCAACGUAUUGCAGGAGCUCUACAACUCUGAACAACUGCUCAUCUUCCCCCAAGACAGAGUGUUUAUGCUCCUCUCCUGCCUCGGCCAAAGAUCCCUGAGCAACAGUGGUGUGUUGGAGGGGCUCCUCAACCUCCUGGACAGUUUGUUGUCUCCCUUGCAGCAACCACUAGCUGCUGCUCUGCACAGGACAGAAGGCGUUCUGGAUAUCCCUAUGAUCAGCUGGGUGGUGAUGCUCGUUUCCAGACUACUGGACUAUGUCACUAGUACAGAAGAUGAAGCUUCAGGUGGGAAGAAGCACCUUGGAGGGAAAGAGAGGGAAAGAACUUCUACAGGUAUUCAGUGGAGCUUUAUAAACAACAGCCUUCAGUCUCAGAAUACCAGCAGGUCAGCGAAAGGCAGCAGCAGCAGCCUUGACAGACUCUACUCCCGUAAGAUCCGCAAGCAGCUGGUCCACCACAAGCAGCAGUUAAAUCUAUUGAAAGCCAAACAAAAAGCUUUAGUGGAGCAGAUUGAGAAGGAAAAGAUCCAAAGCAACAAAGGUUCCUCCUACAAAUUACUGGUGGAACAGGCCAAGCUCAAGCAGGCUACAUCCAAGCACUUUAAAGACCUCAUCCGUCUGCGGCGGACUGCUGAAUGGCCCCGCUCUACGUUGGACACAGAGUCUGCAGCAGCCAAAGAAACGCCAGAGGUUGAGCCGCUGCCUUUCACGUUGUCCCAUGAGCGCUGCAUCUCUGUGGUGCAGAAGCUCGCCCUGUUUCUCCUAUCCAUGGACUUCACCUGUCACGCCGACCUGUUGCUUUUUGUCUGCAAGGUCAUUGCAAGGAUCGCUAAUGCCACAAGGCCGACAAUCCACCUGUCCGAGGUGGUGUCUGAGCAGCAGUUGGAGCGCCUGCUUCUCCUGCUUGUGGGGACGGACUUCAAUCGAGGGGAUAUCUCCUGGGGGGGUGCCUGGGCUCAGUAUUCCCUCACUUGCAUGCUACAGGACAUCCUGGCAGGUGAGCUGCUGUCUCCAGGUUCUCUCGAUGUUAUGGAUGAUGUUGCUGGUGCCGAGGAGGCCGGGGCGUCGUCCUCAUCGGUCGGUGUCGAUUCAGAUGAUCCCUUGCCCCAGCCGACGCCCAUCCCCUUAGUGGAGAGCAUUGACGAGGCCCUGGUGCCCGACAUCAUUGCAGGGGCUCCACCUCUGUCAUCUUUGGAAAAAGAUAAAGACAUAGACUUUGACUUGCUACAAGACCUGAUGGAUGUUGAUAUUGAUCCUUUAGAUAUUGAUUUGGAAAAGGAUCCACUUGCUGCCAAAGUGUUUAAGCCAAUAAGCAGCACGUGGUAUGACUACUGGGGUUCUGAUUAUAGCACGUACGCCUACACUCCAUACAUUGGAGGGGUUGGUAUUCCAGUGUCCAAACCACCCGUUGCGGUGGAGAAGCCUGGGCCACAGAGUCUUUCGAUCUCAGUUUCCCAAGCCCUGGAUGCUCGUCUGGAGGUGGGCUUGGAGCAGCAGGCUGAAUUGAUGCUGAAAAUGAUGGCAACUUUCCAGGCUGAUUCCAUUUUACAGGCUCUUACCUCAAGCUCCUCCACAGUCUGCCAGACCACCAACGGCACAGACGACUCUCUGUUGAGGGCUCUCCAUGGAGGUGGCUCUCCUCCUGGCAGCACCCUCAUAGUCCAGCCCUCCUCCAUCCCCAUGCUGAGUGCUUGCUUCAAUAAGCUGUUCUCUAUGCUGCAAGUCCACCACGUUCAGUUGGAGUCCCUGCUGCAGUUGUGGAUCACUCUAAGUCUCAACACGAGCUCAAGUGGCAGUGAAGAUAAUGGAUCGGACAUCUUCCUGUUCAACUCCAGUCGAGUACCCACCAUUCCACUUAACCAAGCGUCCAUUAGCAGUUUUCUCUCUGUGCUGGCGUGGUACCCAAACACCUCUCUCAGAACAUGGUGCCUGGUGCUGCAUUCACUAACCCUGAUGACCAACAUGCCCACCAUGGCCUCCAGUAAUGGGAUGAGCUCUCCAGAAAGCACAGCACAGCAGAUUGUGUCGGAUCUGACGCUGGUUCAUGUCCUGGUGCGCUUCCUGUCAGGCAGCAACACCAGCGGAACCAACCAGCAGAGCUCUCAGGUGGGACCCACUGCCACACGAGCCAUGCACGAGUUCUUGAGUCGCUUGCAGGUGCACCUUUCCUCCACCUGCCCACAAAUGUUCAGCGAGUUCCUCCUCGAGCUUCUGCACAUCCUGUCUACUGAAAGAGGUCCGUUCCAGUCGGGUCUGGGCCCUCUGGAUGCGCAAGUGAAGCUGUUGGAGUUUACUUUGGAGCAAAACUUUGAAGCGGUCUCUGUGGUCACAAUCUCCUCGGUCAUUGAGUCUAUCACCUUCCUGGUUCACCACUACAUCACCUGCUCCGACAAAGUUGUCUCCCGCAGCGGCUCGGACAGCUCUGUGGGCGCUCGAGCCUGCUUUGGAGGUCUUUUUGCCAACAUCAUCCGUCCCGGAGAUGCAAAAGCCGUCUGUGGCGAGACCACGCGCGACCAGCUGAUGUUCGACCUCCUCAAGUUGGUGAACGUGCUGGUUCAGCUUCCUUUGUCCGGGGACAGGGAGUUCAGCGGUCGGAUACCGGUGGCUGGCAGCGGAGCAGCUGACAUCAGCGUGUCUGAUGAAGAGAAAGUCUGCGGCAGCAAAGAGAGUGUGGCUGGGGGAUCAGCGUCCAGCCAGGGACCGUCUGCUGGAGUGGCGGAUCUGGUACUAGCAAAUCAGCAGAUAAUGAGUCAGAUCUUGUCUGCGCUCGGUCAGUGCAACAGCAGUGCCAUGGCCAUGAUUAUAGGUGCUAGUGGUCUCCACCUCACGAAACAUGAAAACUUUCACGGGGGUCUGGACGCCAUUUCCGUGGGUGACGGGCUCUUCACCAUCCUCACCACGCUCAGCAAGAGGGCCACGUCUGUACAGGUCAUGUUGCAGCCCAUCCUCACAUACAUGGCCUGUGGGUACAUGGGUCGGCAGGGAUCUCUGUCCACUUGUCAGCUGUCUGAGCCUCUUUUGUGGUUCAUUCUCCGCGUGUUGGAUACCAGCGAGGCUCUCAAAGCCUUCCAUGACAUGGGUGGCGUGCAGCUGAUUUGCAACAACAUGGUGACCAGCACCAGGGCCAUCGUGAACACAGCACGCAGCAUGGUGUCCACCAUCAUGAAAUUCUUAGAUUGCGGUCCUGGAAAGGCGUCAGACGGCAGCCUCAAAGCCCGAGUGAUGACGUCGGAGCCAGACAACGCAGAGGGACUCCACAACUUUGCCCCAUUAGGUACAAUUACAUCCAGCAGCCCCACUGCUCAACCGGCAGAAGUCCUCCUUCAAGCCACGCCGCCUCACCGCCGUGCUCGCUCUGCAGCCUGGUCCUACAUCUUCCUUCCAGAGGAGGCUUGGUGUGACCUCACCAUUCAUCUCCCUGCUGCCGUGCUGCUGAAGGAGCUCCACAUUCAGCCACACCUUGCUUCUCUUGCUACCUGCCCGUCCUCGGUGUCUGUUGAGAUCAGUGCUGAUGGAGUAAACAUGUUGCCGCUCUCCACGCCAGUCAUCACCAGCGGCCUCACGUACAUCAAGAUCCAGCUGGUCAAGGCUGAGGUGGCGUCAGCUGUGUGUCUGAGGCUGCACCGGCCUCGUGAUGCCAGCACCCUCGGUCUGUCUCAAAUCAAACUCUUGGGUCUGACGGCGUUUGGCAACACUUCUUCUGCAACAGUCAACAAUCCCUUCCUGCCCUCCGAGGACCAGGUGUCUAAAACCAGCAUUGGAUGGCUGCGUCUCCUUCACCACUGCCUGACGCAUGUCGGUGACCUGGAGACCAUGAUGGCCAGUGCAGCGGCACCGACCGCUAACCUGCUGCAGACCUGUGCCGCGCUGCUCAUGUCACCUUACUGCGGCAUGCACUCGCCAAACAUUGAAGCGGUGUUGGUGAAGAUCGGCCUGCAGUCUACACGUAUUGGUCUGAAACUAAUUGACAUCCUCUUGAGAAACUGUGCCGCCACCGGCACUGACCCUGCAAAUUUGAACAGUCCCCUGUUGUUUGGUCGGCUCAAUGGCCUCUCAUCAGACUCCACCAUCGAUAUUCUGUACCAGCUGGGCACUACGCAGGACUCAGGAACCAAGGACAGAAUCCAGGCUCUCCUCCAGUGGGUCCAUGACUCUUCAAGGGUCGCAGCUCUGAAAAUUCCAGUGGGCUACUCCGGCAGCGGUCGCGCUUCUUCUGCGUCGUUGAGGGAGUACGGUCUCCUCAUGCCCUCACCGUCCCAUCUCCACUGCGUGGCAGCCAUCUUGUGGCACAGCUACGAGCUGCCCGUUGACUACGACCUUCUUGCUCUCCUCAACAGAGAGCUCUUUGAGCUGCUGUACAACUGGUCCAUGUCGUUGCCGUGCAACAUCGUGCUGAAGAAGGCGGUGGAUAGCCUCCUGUGUUCCAUGUGCCACAUCCAUCCUCGCUACUUCUCCCUUCUCAUGUCCUGGAUGGGCAUCGUAACAACGGCCAGCACCAGUCACUGUCAAGCCCAGCAGCGUCGGCUCGCCAUGACGGACGACGGCAAAAAGCAGCACAACGCGACCACCGCCACCGGGCUUACAGAUGACUCCAAGCACGCGAGGCCUCCGGUUCAUUUGUCUGAGUCCCAGUUGACCACGCUGGCGGCUGCUUCACAGUCUCCAGGAGCCAUAGAGCAGCUGCUGGACUCAGGUUUGCCUUCCUUGCUGGUUCGCAGCCUCGCCCAGUUCUGUGUCGGCCUCUUAGCCAGCGCAGACCUCCCCCUGCCUGCCGCUCUGGCAGACAGGCGCCAGCACCAGCCGUGCUCCUCAUCCGCUCACAGUCGCACGGCGCUUGCCGCAGAGCUAGCUGCUCCCGUGCUGCACUUCCUCACAGAGGUGGGCAACAGUCACACCAUGAAGGACUGGCUCGGAGGACCGGAGGUCAACCCUCUGUGGACGGCACUGCUCUUCCUGCUGUGCCACUCCAGUGCAAGCGCCAACUCGGGCUGUCAACCGCUGGGGUCGACCUCUGCCGCAGCCCCGGCCCCGUCACAACCCCAGCCCUCGGGUUCACGGUUCUCCCUGGCGUCUUCUGGUCCGUCUGGAGGACUCACCACCCAGCAAAGAACGGCUUUGGAGAAUGCCACCGUGGCUUUCUUCCUUCAAUGCAUCUCCUGUCACCCAAACAACCAGCGACUCAUGGCACAGGUUCUGUGUGAGCUCUUUCAGUCAGCGCCACAGCGAGGAAACGUCCCCAUCUCUGGAAACAUCUCCGGCUUCAUAAGAAGGCUCUUCCUGCAGCUCAUGCUGGAGGAUGAGAAAGUCACAGUCUUCCUGCAGUCUCCCUGCCCGUUAUACAAAGGACGCAUCAAUGCUACCAGCCACAUGAUUCAACAUCCCAUGUACGGGGCAGGCCACAAAUACCGCACGCUGCAUUUACCCAUCUCCACCACGCUGGCUGAAGUCCUGGACCGCGUGUCUGACACACCCAGCAUUACAGCCAAGCUGAUCAGUGAACAGAAGGAGGACAAGGAGAAGAAGAAUCACGAGGAGAAGGAGAAGAUGAAGGCAGACAGUGGCUUCCAGGACAACUACAGUGUGGUUAUGGCCUCUGGUUUGAAGUCACAGUCGAAGCGAGCUCUAUCGACGCCUCCCAGACCUCCGUCAAGAAGGGGUCGGGUGAUGAGUGACAAGUUGACGGCGUCAUCAGUCGACCCAUCUGCCAAAACCAUCAGCGUGCCUGUCUUCCACUUUUACCACAAGCUGCUUCCAGGUCAACCCCUCUCACCUGAGAUGACUCUGGCCCAGCUGCUGACUCUACUGUACGACCGCAAGAUGCCGCAGGGGUACCAGUCCAUCAACCUCACCGUUAGACUGGGCUCCAAGGUCAUUUCAGACCCCGGCCUGUCCAAGACUGACUCCUUCAAACGGUUACGUACUGAAAAAGUGGAUCACUCUGACAUGCUGAGCAGCUGCCCGGAAGAUGAGCCCAUGACACCCGGCGAAGAAUGUCUUGACGCUGCGACGGACGAGUCCCUGCUUGAGACGCACCCCAUCCAAUCACCGCUGCAGGUGUUUGCUGGAAUGGGCGGCCUGGCGCUGAUUGCAGAGAGGCUCCCCAUGCUGUAUCCUGACGUCAUCCAGCAGGUCAGCGCCCCGGUGGUGCCCUCGGCGACACAGGAGAAGCCCAAGGACACGGAUCAGUUUGAGUGGGUCACCAUUGAGCAGUCGGGAGAGCUUGUGUACGAGGCGCCCGAGUCCAUCGCUACCGAGCCGCCACCCAUAAACAAGCAGCAGUCGCAGACGUCGUCCUCGUCUUCCUCCUCGGUGCAGACGAUGUCACCCAUCCCGGCCCAUUCCUUGGCAGCAUUCGGCCUCUUCCUGCGCCUGCCGGGCUACGCCGAAGUGCUGCUGAAGGAGAGGAAACACGCUCAGUGUCUGCUGCGCCUGGUGCUUGGCGUGACAGAUGAUGGAGAGGGCAGUCACAUCCUGCAAUCUCCGUCAGCCAACGUGUUGCCCACGCUGCCCUUCCAUGUUCUGCGUGCGUUGUUCAGCAGCACUCCUCUGACCACCGAUGAUGGUGUGCUGCUACGUCGCAUGGCUCUGGAGAUCGGUGCCAUACACCUCAUCUUGGCCUGCCUGUCCGCUCUCAGCCACCAUGCCCCCCGGUACCCCAAUGCCAACAGCAAUGUGUCAGAGCCGCAGAUGUCAAGUUGUCACGGUGGAGGGACCAGUGAGGACCAGCAGCUGUACUGGGCCAAAGGAACUGGUUUUGGCACUGGAUCCACAGCAUCAGGAUGGGAUGUUGAGCAGGCUCUCACGAAGCAGAGACUUGAAGAAGAGCACGUCACGUGUCUCUUGCAGGUCUUGGCGAGCUACAUUAACCCAGCAGGUUCCAGCAGCUUCCACAGUUGUGGUGCACCGUCGCCAGAGAGCAGAACCCACAACAGCUCGGCACUCCCGGCGGUGCUGCAGGAGCUGCUGAGCCAGUCCUGUCUCAUCCCCGCCAUGUCCUCCUACCUGCGGAACGACUCCGUUCUGGACAUGGCUCGUCACGUGCCCCUGUACCGGGCACUACUGGAGCUGCUCCGGGCCAUAUCAACCUGCACGUCCCUCGUCCCGCUCUUGCUGCCGCUGUCUGGCGACAGAGGGCAGGAGGAGGCGGAGGAGGAGGAUGAAGAACACUCUGAGGGACAGACUUCUGUCGGGAUGCUGCUAGCCAAAAUGAAGACAUGUGUGGACACGUACACAAACCGCCUCAGGUCAAAGAAAGAUAAGAGCAAAAGUGUUGUGAAGACAGACAGCUCUGAUCCGGAGCCUGAGGGCCUGACUCUCCUGGUGCCUGACAUCCAGAGGACAGCUGAGAUAGUCCAUGCCGCCACCACCAGCCUGCGGCAAGCAAACCAGGAGAGGAAGCUGGUUGAGUCUUCAAGGAAGGUGUCAUGCAGACCCAAGCCCCUUUCUGUCCUCCGCUCUCUUGAAGAGAAAUACGUUGCUGCCAUGAAGAAGCUACAAUUUGACACGUUUGAAAUGGUCUCAGAGGACGAGGAUGGGAAGCUGAUGUUCAAGGUCAACUACCAUUACAUGUCUCAGGUGAAGAACGCCAACGAUACAAACAGCGCAUCCAGAUCCCGCCGCUUGGCCCAGGAGGCCGUCACCCUUUCCACCUCUUUGCCUCUGUCGUCCUCAUCAAGCGUCUUUGUCCGCUGUGAUGAGGAGAGGUUGGACAUCAUGAAGGUUCUCAUCACCGGCCCAGCUGAUACUCCAUACGCCAAUGGCUGCUUUGAAUUUGAUGUGUAUUUCCCCCAAGACUAUCCCAAUUCACCUCCGUUGGUGAACCUGGAAACAACCGGUGGACACAGUGUGCGCUUUAACCCUAACCUCUACAACGACGGCAAAGUAUGUUUAAGUAUUCUCAACACGUGGCACGGGAGACCGGAGGAGAAGUGGAACCCACAGACCUCAAGUUUUUUACAGGUGCUAGUGUCAGUGCAGUCCCUCAUCCUGGUGGCCGAGCCCUACUUCAAUGAGCCAGGCUAUGAGCGCUCCCGUGGGACACCCAGUGGCACCCAGAGCUCACGGGAAUACGAUGGCAACAUACGCCAGGCCACCGUGAAAUGGGCCAUGCUGGAACAAAUGCGCAACCCCUCGCCGUGCUUCAAAGAGGUGAUCCACAAGCAUUUUUUCCUGAAGCGAAUGGAGAUCAUGUCUCAGUGCGAGGAAUGGAUCACCGACAUUCAGCAGUACAGCAGCGACAAGCGCGUGGGACGCACCAUGUCCCAUCAUGCCGCAGCCCUCAAGCGACACACGGCUCAGCUCCGAGAGGAACUACUGAAGCUUCCCUGCCCGGACGGUCUGGAAGCGGACGGUGACGAGUUCUUGGAGAAGAGCGCCGCCCUCAUCCUCAAAGAGAUGCCCGGCCAGGAUUUCGAGAAGCCCGGGGGCAGUCAGGACGACCCCGGCAGCGAGGGCCAGCUAUGAUCCUUCCCACCAAGCAUCCCCUCUUCCUCAUCAAGAUGACGACUCUCACUAAAGACUCGAGGCUUCGGAGCACAAGUCGGCAGUUUGUCAAUAUUUGUAUGUACAAAUGUAAUAGUAUAAUAGUGGAGAAAGAAGGCCUUGAGAGGAACUCUGAACUAUGCUAUGCCCUUAAUCCACACAGACUUUUAUUUACCUUGAAAAAGCUUGUAAACAUUUUGUGCUUUUCUUUUGUGAAAUAACCACUGAUUGGUAUCUUAUUCAACCUCUUUAUGUAUACAGCAAAUUAUAAGGGAAGCCUUUAGAAUGUUUACCAAAUUUUAAUUCCCCACCCCAGCCUGUCUUUAUGACUGUUAGAGCGAGAACAGACGUCAUCAAGGAUAAAGUGAUCAUUCUCCAACGACGGUAUUGCCGGAGGAAAUAAAGGCGUAACAGAAUCCCAUCAAAAGACAACAAGUCCCCUUCUCUGGUCAUCGGUCGCUUCAUUUGAUAUCUCUGGGAUCAUAUCCACGUUAAGUGUCCUCCCGUGGAGACGUCCAUCAUGAGACGCGAGGGCUCGUGCAUGUCGUGUGUGUGUGUGUGUGUGUGUGUGUGUGUGUGUGUGUGUGUGUGUGCAACAAUCCCCUGUGAGAUACAAAGCUGUGAUGUGCCUUUGAUUGACAC